CAAUUUCAAUUAUAUAAGCCAACGUGGACACCAACAGAAGAUUAUCUGCGUUACGCCUUUCGCUGUCUUUCUUUCUUGCAAGAAUAUUUCAUCUAUAUCCCAUCUACGAGGCAGAGUAGUUCGUACGUUUGAAUCAGAAUAUACUAUUGAUUAGCGGUAAAAGCUUGGGAGGAAAACCAUUAUAAGCAAUUCGUGGCACGGGCAAUCGUGUGGAACAAUAGUUGACGAUAUUUGUAAGUUUUACUCGAACUGUUUUUUUUUUUUAACCAUAUCAGCAUUUCUUAUAUGAGUCAUUAGAUUAGCAAUAGUAUCAUUACCCAUGGCGAACUAAUUCUUAAGAAUUUACAAGCUCAAUAUAAAGGGCAAAGCUAAAAGGCUAUUGCUGUAAAGAGGUGGUGCCUACAUAGUUUUACAUCUUUGCUGAGGAUCCUUCUCUAUCGGCUCGUGCACUAUGGCAGCGGCCUUUGCAAGAAGAGAGUAUGACUUCUUGAACGAGCUAGGGUUACAGCCCCAUAAUCUGGGGUGUAACGGAAAUGGUGUGUGGAAAGGAAAUGGAAAUACUGUUACAUCGGUUAAUCCUGCUAAUAACCAGCCGAUAGCAACAGUAGUUGAAGCUUCUAUUGAAGACUAUGAGGAUAGCAUUAAAGCUUGUGGAGAAGCUAGUAAAAUGUGGAUGCAGACUCCUGCUCCAAAGAGAGGUGAAAUUGUAAGACAAAUUGGGGAAGCUUUGCGGUCAAAAUUAGAGCUCCUUGGUAGACUUGUGUCAUUGGAGAUGGGUAAAAUACUUCCAGAGGGCAUAGGGGAGGUUCAAGAAAUUAUUGACAUGUGUGAUUAUGCAGUAGGCUUAAGUCGGCAGUUGAAUGGUUCUAUUAUACCUUCAGAACGGCCAAAUCAUAUGAUGAUGGAGGUAUGGAAUCCCCUGGGCAUAGUUGGUGUAAUUACUGCUUUCAACUUUCCAGCUGCUGUACUUGGAUGGAAUGCAUGCAUUGCGUUGGUGUGUGGUAACUGCGUUGUUUGGAAAGGUGCUCCAACUACACCAUUGAUUAGUGUGGCAACAACAAAACUAAUUGCUGAGGUGUUUGAGCGAAAUGGUUUUCCUAGUGCUAUUUUCACCUGCAUCUGUGGUGGGGCAGAAAUUGGGCAAGCCAUAGCAGAAGAUACAAGAAUUCCAUUGGUCUCAUUUACUGGAAGUACUAAGGUUGGACAAAUUGUUCAAAGGACAGUCCAUGCUAGAUUUGGGAAAUGUUUACUUGAGCUCAGUGGUAACAAUGCCAUUAUAGUGAUGGACGAUGCAGACCUAGCACUAGCUGUCAGUUCUGUCUUGUUUGCAGCAGUUGGUACUGCAGGGCAGCGGUGCACCACUUGCCGACGGCUGUUGCUGCAUGAAAAGAUACACCAGCAAGUGAUUGAGCGGUUGGUUGAUGCAUACAAGCAAGUUAAAAUAGGAGAUCCUCUGAACAAAGAUACCUUGUUAGGACCGUUGCAUACCAAAACAUCAAAGACGAACUUCGAGAAAGGAAUUCAAAUGAUAAAAUCUCAGGGUGGGCACAUUCUUACAGGUGGUUCAGUUAUAGAGCAUGAAGGAAAUUUUGUGCAACCAACUAUUGUGGAAAUAUCUGGGGAUGCACCAAUUGUGAAGGAAGAACUGUUUGCUCCUGUUCUUUAUGUCUUGAAGUUCCAGACUCUAGAGGAUGCCAUUGAACUAAACAAUUCUGUUUCUCAAGGACUAAGUAGUUCUAUUUUCACCCGUAGCCCAGAAGCUAUUUUCAAGUGGAUUGGGCCUUGUGGUAGUGACUGUGGCAUUGUAAAUGUAAACAUUCCAACUAAUGGGGCAGAGAUUGGUGGUGCGUUUGGUGGUGAAAAGGCAACAGGUGGCGGCCGUGAAGCAGGGAGUGAUUCGUGGAAACAGUACAUGCGCCGGGCAACAUGCACAAUCAAUUAUGGGAGAGAACUACCACUAGCUCAGGGGAUCAAUUUUGGAUUUCAGUCAAACUGAAGCAAGCAUUAUGUUCUGCCACUGUGGACACUUCGAACUACAUGGUGAGGUAUUGUUUGGAUCUGCAGUCUUCCCAACAAGAAGGGGCUAAGCACGUGCUUGCAGUGCAAAGCUCAGUAUCAAGUGGGAGGAGAAACUCACUUCACUGGAUAUUUUUAGACAAAUAAAUAUAUAAUGCUACAGUUUGAAUAUGGAUAAUUCCAAGUUAGUUUUGUAAUGACUUUGUUAUUUUCAUAGAGAUGAUUUCUAUGUGUAAAAAUCUUUAUUUGAGAAGUUAAAUGGGCUUUGUGUUA